AUGGAUUCCAGGACUGGUAUGCGUGACAUCGGUAAACCAGGUGGUAAUUUAGUUCAGCUUUACUGGGAUAUUAUCCUUCUAACAGAAUCUAAAUUCCUUUUACCUCAGUACAGACAACAGCAACAAUCUUUAAAGUCGUUUCAAAAAUAUGUUGUUGAUAAGAUGGGAGUUACACUGAAUAGGAUGGUUAAACCGGUUAAAGUUCCGUACUCCCGUACCGGGAACCUUAAUACCCCAUGGAGACAGCUCGGUAUAAAAUAUCUGAUGGUUUAUUUACCACUACAUUUUAAGGACGUUAUUUGGUGCAAAUGUGAUCAGUUCUGUUUCCAUGUAAUUUUACCUCAAAAUAAUGCAUCCUCAGCGCUACGACGAGGAAUAAGUAACGAUAAGGAAUGGUUAUUAUCGCUUCUGGAGUUAGGUGAUAAAUUGGGAAUGCAAUCUAUCAGGAUUUACAUCGGAAGAGAUGAUUUUAACGGAGUUUCCACUUUUCUAAGAAAUUUAAAUUGGAUUGGUGGUAGAUUAGUCCCCAAUGAAAACAGAGCUGGGCUCAUGGCACAGUAUUCCAGUGUUGACGAUUUAAUCUUUGGCGAUGAGAAUUACAUAAUAUUAGAAUUUGAAUGUUAA